CCUAAAUGCCCCCGCUUGUUUUAUAAAUACCCGAACCCCGAUCCCUCGUUAAGCUUCCGCACUCUCUUAUCUGGUUUCCCCUGGGCGAUUCUGAUUCCAGCUAAGUUUUCAUUUUCUCCUCUCUUUUGCUUCUAUUUUCUGUCGUUAAUUUGUUGUUAGGUUUAGAAAUUUGUCAAAAAAAAUCCGAUCUUUUUGGGUGAAAGCCUGGUUGUUAGGUCAAAACUUCCUGAUUUAGGUUGAAACGAAUCUAAUUUUGGCGUGCUUUGCAUCCAUUUUAGCGGUGGAAAUCGAAUUCGAUUGAAACCCCACGUCAAGAAUCCGAGCUUUUAGGGUUCCUCCUAUAGAUCUCUGGAUUUGCAGACAAAUUGCUGCUUCAAGAUCCCAAAUUUAGGCUUUGUGAACUGAUCCCGUUUCCUUUAGCUACGACCCAUCUCCCAAGAUCUCAUUUUUUUUAGCUUUUAUCCUUGCAAAUUCCAGCUAAUUCUCAAAAGUUCUACAUCAAAUCCAAUUGUUGAGAUCAGGAAACCCUUUUCGCUGUUCAUGGUAGCCAUGGUUUAUAUCUAGAACCCAUCUUCAGCUCUCUAUGAACUUCGCUGAUUUCAUCCGUCGUCCGAUCCUUCAGUCCUUCUCAGUUCUCUUCCUCCACUAUUUCUAUGUCAUUUCAUGAAUUAGAUUACUAGGCGCAGUCAAAAUAUCCAUAUUCAAUCAAUAGAGUUCCAAGUUUUAGCCUUCAACCAAUCCCCCCCCCCAAAAAAAAAAAAUCACAACGUCCUCCGAAGAAGAAACAAAGCUCGUAAUGGAUCAGAGGAAGAGGAAGAGAAUGAUAUCGAACAGAGAAUCGGCGAGAAGGUCGAGAAUGAGGAAGCAACAACAGUUGAGCGAUCUCGUUAACCAAGUCUCGAAGCUGAAGGAUGGGAACAACCAAAUCUUGAUGCAGAUCAAUCUCAUAACCGAAAAGCUUCUUGCUCUCGACGGCGAGAACACUAUACUGAGGACGCAGGUUAUGGAGCUGACCGAUAGGCUGAGAGCAUCCAACUCCGUGCUCAGGUUCGUCGAGGAGUUCAGCGGGUUGGAGAUGGACAUACCGGAGAUACCCGACCCGUUACUGAAGCCAUGGCAGCUCCCUUGCCCUGCUCAGCCCAUCAUGGCAUCUGCAAACAUGUUUCAGUUCUGAAUUUGGUUAAGGUUCUAUGUUGCAUUUGUAUGUAUCCUCUUUCUUUGUGAUGUAAGACUCUUUUGGGUUGAAUCUAAUAAUCUCCCAUUUCAUAAUUUCAAUGGCUAGUUGGAAUGUCUGAUGUA